CGCCCCCGCGCGCCCCGAGCCCGUGACGCCCGCGCGAGGCGAGUGAGACGCCUCUCGGAGAGGGGCUGCGCACGGGAGGGAGCCCGAGCGCCCCGAGCACCCCGACCACCCCCGCGUCCGGGACCCCCGGACCACCAAGUUGGCGGGCGGGCAGCAGAAGGAGGAGGCGCCGAAGCCGAGCCCCGCCGCGUGCGCCCCGGUGCCGCCCGACCGGCUGCUGCGGAGGGAAUUGGAGCUGCCGGGCGGCCGGGGCCGGGCCGAGGACAACGAGGAGGAGGCGGCCAGGAGAACCGAGCGCCGGGGCAGCUCCGCGCCGGAGGCCCCGGAGACCGCGGCUGCCACGGGCCCGCGCUCCGUGCGCCUCUCGCGGAUUGCCUGUAAGGAGCCCCUGCUGGUGUGCCAGACCUACCAGGGGCCAUCCACCCAACUGUCCCAGACUCCUGCAGCAGGACCCCCGAUGGCAGUGAGCACCUCCCCGUGAAACCUGCCAAGCUGGACGCCACAGUUCUGCACGACGACACUUUGGCCAACUCCGUGCCCCCUUCGGAGGGAUGCAGCCAUGCAGUCCUAGCCUGCGGCCCGGGCAUCCCUGAGGAGCACUAUGUAAGCGAGGCUGUGGAAGAUGCUCCCAGCUGCAGAGGGUACCGGGAUGCCUGCACCAUCACCGACGUGUGCAACAGCACUGAUCUUCCGGAAGUCGAGAUCAUUAGCCUACUGGAGGAGCAGCUGCCCCAUUAUAAGUUAAGAGCCGAUACCAUCUACGGUUAUGACCACGACGACUGGCUCCACACACCCCUCAUUUCUCCAGAUGCCAACAUCGACCUCACAACUGAGCAAAUUGAAGAGACGCUGAAGUACUUCCUUUUAUGUGCUGAAAGAGUUGGCCAGAUGACCAAGACAUAUAAUGACAUAGAUGCUGUUACUCGGCUUCUUGAGGAGAAAGAGCGGGAUUUAGAAUUGGCUGCUCGGAUUGGCCAGUCGUUGUUGAAGAAGAACAAGACACUAACCGAGAGGAACGAGCUGCUGGAAGAGCAAGUGGAGCACAUCAGGGAGGAGGUGUCGCAGCUCCGGCAUGAGCUGUCCAUGAAGGACGAGCUGCUUCAGUUCUACACCAGCGCCGCGGAGGAGAGCGAGCCGGAGUCAGUGUGCUCAACUCCGCUGAAGAGGAAUGAGUCAUCCUCCUCUGUUCAGAAUUACUUUCAUUUGGAUUCUCUUCAAAAGAAGCUGAAGGACCUUGAAGAGGAGAACGUGGUACUUCGAUCCGAGGCCUGCCAGCUAAAGACGGAGACCAUCACCUAUGAAGAGAAGGAGCAGCAGCUGGUCAACGACUGUGUGAAGGAGCUGAGGGAUGCCAACGUGCAGAUUGCCAGUAUCUCAGAGGAACUGGCUAAGAAGACGGAAGAUGCUGCCCGCCAGCAGGAGGAGAUCACACACCUGCUGUCACAAAUAGUUGAUUUGCAGAAAAAGGCAAAAGCUUGCACAGUGGAAAAUGAGGAACUUGUCCAGCACCUGGGGGCUGCUAAGGAUGCCCAGCGGCAGCUCACAGCCGAGCUGCGCGAGCUGGAGGACAAGUACGCAGAGUGCAUGGAGAUGCUUCACGAGGCGCAGGAGGAGCUCAAGAACCUCCGGAACAAGACCGUGCCCAACACCACCUCCCGGCGCUACCACUCGCUGGGCCUGUUUCCCAUGGACUCCUUGGCAGCCGAGAUUGAGGGAACGAUGCGCAAGGAGCUGCAGUUGGAAGAGCCCGAGUCGCCAGACAUCGCGCACCAGAGGCGAGUCUUUGAGACUGUGAGAAACAUCAACCAGGUGGUCAAGCAGAGGUCUCUGACGCCCUCCCCCAUGAACAUCCCCGGCUCCAACCAGUCCUCCGCCGUGAACUCCCUCCUGUCCAGCUGCGUCAGCACCCCCCGGUCCAGCUUCUAUGGCAGUGAUGUUGGCAACGUCGUCCUGGACAACAAGACCAACAGCAUCAUCCUGGAGGCGGAGUCGGCUGACUUGGGAAACAACGAGCGGAGUAAGAAGCCGGGCACGCCGGGCACCCCGGGCUCCCACGACCUGGAGACGGCGCUGAGACGGCUGUCGCUCCGCCGGGAGAACUACCUCUCGGAGAGGAGGUUCUUCGAGGAGGAGCAGGAGCGGAAGCUCAGGGAGCUGGCGGAGAAGGGCGAGCUGCUCAGCGGCUCCCUGACGCCCACGGAGAGCAUCAUGUCGCUGGGCACGCACUCGCGCUUCUCAGAGUUCACCGGCUUCUCCGGCAUGUCCUUCAGCAGCCGCUCCUACCUGCCCGAGAAGCUCCAGAUCGUGAAGCCGCUGGAAGGUUCUGCCACCCUUCACCACUGGCAGCAGUUGGCCCAGCCUCACCUCGGGGGCAUCCUGGACCCCCGGCCCGGUGUGGUCACCAAGGGCUUCCGGACACUGGACGUUGACCUGGAUGAAGUGUACUGCCUUAACGACUUUGAAGAAGAUGACACAGGUGACCACAUUUCCCUCCCGGGCCUAGCUACCUCCACGCCAGUUCAGCACCCAGAGACCUCAGGUGAGAGGUCCCGAGCACGUGUGACUGUCUCAGGCAGCAGAAGUUACCCGAGCCGGCCUCAGGCUUGCCCAGAGGAGAUGCAGGAGCCGCCACCGGCCGCAGAGGAGGAGGAGGAGGGGUCUGCACACCACCCUGGGAAGUGCAUGUCACAGACCAACUCCACCUUCACCUUCACCACCUGUCGCAUCCUACAUCCUUCAGACGAGCUCACGCGGGUCACGCCAAGCCUUAACUCGGCCCCGACUCCAGCUUGUGGCAGCGCCAGCCACUUGAAGUCGACACCGGUGGCCACGCCGUGCACUCCACGGAGACUGAGCCUGGCCGAGUCCUUCACUAACAUUCGUGAGUCCACGACCACCAUGAGCACAUCCCUGGGGCUGGUGUGGCUGCUGAAGGAGCGGGGCAUUUCCGCAGCUGUGUAUGACCCACAGAGCUGGGACAGGGCCGGCCGGGGUUCCCUCCUACACUCGUACACUCCCAGGAUGACUGUGAUCCCCUCCACCCCGCCCAACUCGCCUAUGCAGACGCCCAUGUCUUCCCCGCCCUCCUUCGAGUUCAAGUGCACGAGCCCUCCGUACGACAACUUCCUGGCUUCCAAGCCGGCCAGCUCCAUCCUGAGGGAGGUGAGGGAGAAGAAGAAUGUCCGGAGCAGUGAGAGCCAGACAGAUGUGUCUGUCUCCAACCUCAACCUCGUGGACAAAGUCAGGAGGUUUGGUGUGGCCAAAGUGGUGAACUCAGGGCGAGCCCACGUCCCCACCUUGACUGAGGAGCAGGGACCUCUCCUCUGUGGGCCCCCAGGCCCAGCCCAAGCCCUCGUCCCUGGGGGCCUGGUCCCCGAGGGCCUGCCUCUCGGAUGCCCCACGGUCACCAGUGCCAUCGGCGGGCUGCAGCUCAACAGUGGCAUCCGACGGAAUCGCAGCUUCCCCACCAUGGUGGGGUCCAGCAUGCAGAUGAAAGCCCCUGUGACUCUCACCUCAGGCAUCUUGAUGGGUGCUAAGCUCCCCAAACAAACUAGCUUACGGUGAGGAUGGGAGGGGGGCCCUUCCCCUAGAGGAGACCAAUCUUGCUCCUGUCCCCCCAUCCUCCCCCCUGCACUGCGUGCUCUCCCUCUUCCCCCCUCUGUCCAUACCUUCCUGAGCUAGACAAAUCAACCUGGUGCCUAGUGGGGGAAGAGUGGAGACUUUGUAAAAUGUGUACAUAGGACUUGGAGACCUUGUAUCCACCCUGCCCUUUCUUCGGCUCCCACAGGCAGCGUCCCCACACUGUCACUGCUCUCGUGAGGACUUCACCUGUGCCAGCCUGGGGGCAGGGGCAGACGGGUGUCCUUUUCUCCUUCUUUCCUUUGAGAAGCACUGAAACUCCCAAGUGUGUUCUUAUCCCAUGGAUACGGAACCCGUGAAUUUGUGGCUGGCUGCCCGUGCUGUACGUUGUGAGCUGUCACACAGCACGGAGCACAAUGCCUCUGCCGCCCGGUGUCAUUGGGCACGUCGCCUUGCCCGUCCUGUAAGAGCGCAAGGAGCCUCUGGCCACAGCCACAUGCAGCUGACAUAGCUUUCAGGAUCGGAGAGCGGUUCUUUCUUCUAUGGCCCAACUCUUUCAAGACUUUCACUACUCUGCCUCAAUGGAUGGUCGCUUCAAACUAGCAUGACUUUUUCUUCUCAUGCCUUCAACCUGAAGUCAUCCUUCAAUGUUUUGUAAUCAGCUGUCAGGCCCGACGUCUGACCCGAAAGAGAAUGUAUUUACACUCCGCUGCGCCAUGCAGCAGCCCCUGUGUGUUCUGUGUGAUUUGUGUUGUUUUUCCAUUUUUUGUAUGCAGGGAAGUGACGGUACUAGACGGGAGGUCACGGUAUAUGUUCUCUCUGUGGUUCUAUGACACCGAAAUACAAGUUUCAAACACACUAAGCCACGAAUGAGAUAGCAGCUUAUUUCUGAGACCUAGUGUUGCAACCAAAUUGAGGAGGACCAGACCCAAGCCAACUUUAACAAGAGGAGUAAAAGGAAAGGAGAUGGGGAAAAGGUGGUGAAUGAAAUUUGUCAACCGGAAAACUAAAAAGAACCACAACCAAACGUACUAACAGUUUACGUAAUACCAGUUCAUGGGAGAAAUGAGGCUUUGGCAUCCUGCUGGUUCCAGUCCUUCCUCUGAAGCCCGAGACUGGUCCACGUGCUUUCACUCCUGUGGUCUUUUCUUACAGCCAUUCGAUGCCCGCAUGUUUUGCCCUCUUGUUUCAGAACAGAGUGGUCCCAAGAAGAUAUGUUCUCCCCUCCCAAAGCCCUUUGUCUCCUUGUGCCAACUUUUUAUCCUUAGGAAAAGCUAGAGGUGCUCGUGAGAAUCAUGGACGAGCAAGGGAGCCGGGUCCUGUUGCUGUUUUGCUGACUGAGUUUUGAACUUUUAUUUAUUAUUUGUGUGUGCUGUAUUUUAAACAAACAUCCUCUCUCCUUUCUAGUUCCGGUCAUAGUGUGUCUGUGGCAUUCCAAUCCAAGCAGGUAAUUUAUUUAUUCUAAUCUAAGGACUGCACUGUGUGUCAUGGUGUUCUGUGGCCAUUUGUUCCAGACAUUUAUGGAAGGAUAGCAUCAUAUGCAAAUGAAAUUGUCAUUCUGCAUCCCACCUCCCCCCAACCCUUGGCAAAAGAUGUGACCUUCAGUUGAGUGAGUGUAAUUUCACGUGCACCGAAGAUACGUUGAGGUAUUCCAGGAGCAAGCUUGAGUCCCGUAAUUCCAAACUAUUUAUUCUCUGAGCACGAGAGUGUUGGUUAAUUAUGUUUUCAACUCUCCUUGCUGUUGUAUGUGUGCCCUCACUGCAAGGAACUUAUAUCUUUUUAUUUGAAUGUAUUUUAAAGCAGUAGAUAGAAUAACAAAGGAAUAUGAAAACCAUGGACUGAAUGGACCACUUUAUACAUUCAGAGAGAGGAGCCACCCACCAUCACAAAGGAAAUACCAAUGUACAAAAUGACAAUUCGGACGUCACAGUAUUUAGCAUAGUAAAUAAAUACAUGAUCAACAUUGUGCAACCACUACCAACAAGUGGGUUGUAAUGCAUCAAACAUCAGUAAAAUUUUAUUCGCUAACGAAUAUCAAUAAAAUAAGUUCAAAUGAUGGAAACCA